CUCGCCCUCGGCCACACAACAUACACCCCCCACCUACCUCUGCAUUCUCCUUUCACUUGCUUCCCAUUGAAGAUCAUGGCCAAGCCAUCCAAUCGCUCCCCAUCUCCACGCUUGCUCGUGGCCGCUCUCGUGGGGGUGCUCGUGCUUCUCUCGGUGGAUCAAGCCAGAGUGGCGGAAGCGGUGACGUGCAGCGCCACGGAGCUGAGCUCGUGCGUGUCCGCAAUCACAUCAUCUGCACCUCCGUCGGCCCUGUGCUGCAGCAAGCUGCGAGAGCAGAGGCCAUGCCUCUGCGGGUACAUCAGGAACCCAAACCUCCGGCAGUACGUCACCUCUCCCAAUGCCAAGCGGGUCGCUCGCACCUGUGGCGUUCCGUACCCGACGUGCUAGUGUCCGGAACCGGAAAGCUCCAGCUUUCGAUGCCGAGAGAAGUCGAAGGUGAGAACGAGUAUGGUACUAGUUACUAGUUAAAUCCGUUGAAAAUAAAGAGACGAUGAUGAUCGCCGGAACAAUCAUAUUGCAAAGAGAUGAUGUCGCCAUAUGACCUAUAUAUUUGUACUCUGCGAAAUGAAACUCUUUUAUAGUGUACUACAA